AUAGCCAACGUAUUCCCGACACCCGAGAACCACCCAAAAGAUGCUGCAAUGUGCAUCAAUGUUCACUCUCCCUCAAAACCCUUUUCGUUUCCGUUUCCAUAUUUUUUCUUCGAGCAAAAUUAUAAUUCCCAUCAUGUCCUUCUCUUCAUCGUCUCCCUCAACCUCUACAACCAACCCAAAAGAAGAAAAAAUCCCAGUAAAUUCAGACCCUCAAAAACUCUCUCAAGUCAUCAAGUAUCACAACGAAACCAAGCAUUCCUUCACCAACUAUGCCCGUGGCCCUCGUGGACUCGACUGGGCCAACCAACCCAACCCAUUUCGCCGCUACAUUUCUGCUCCCCUCGUCCCUCUUUUACAUCUCCCUGUUGACGAUAAUAUCCCUCCUCUGUACUCUUCUCUCUUUACAUCUCUUCCUUCUCCUAAACCCCUCACCGUUUCUUCAAUUUCUCAAUUCUUUUAUGACUCACUGGCUCUCUCCGCCUGGAAAACCACCGGCUUCUCUACUUGGUCUCUUCGGGUCAACCCGAGUAGCGGAAAUUUACACCCAACUGAGUCGUAUAUAAUUGCUCCUGCUAUUGACUCGGUUUGCGACUCACCAUUCGUUGCACACUAUGCACCAAAAGAGCAUGCUUUGGAGCUUAGAGCUAAAAUCCCACCAGGGUCCAGCUUUUUCGAUAAAUUCUUUCCCCAAAAUUCGUUUCUUGUUGGCUUUUCUUCGAUAUUUUGGCGCGAAGCCUGGAAAUAUGGAGAGCGGGCGUUCAGAUACUGUAAUCAUGACGUGGGUCAUGCCAUCGCCGCUGUUACCAUGGCUGCUGCUGGACUUGGUUGGGAUGUGAAGAUUCUGGAAGGUUUGGGGUAUAAAGAUUUAGAGAAAUUAAUGGGGCUUCAUGUUUUCCCAGAAUUUCACAUUCCAUCAAAACCUGUUAAAGGGAAGUUUUCAGAAAUUGAAUUUGAGCACCCGGACUGUGUUCUUCUUGUUUUUCCAUCUGGAAGUAGGGAAUUUGAUUUAGAUUAUGAGAAAUUGAGUUUGUUAAUCAAGGAGUUUUCAGGGUUGGACUGGAAAGGGAAGUCAAAUUUGUUGAGUAAAGAACAUAUUUGUUGGGAUAUAAUUUAUAAAACAGCUGAAGCAGUUAAAAAACCAUUGACUACAAGAAAUUUAUUUGUAGUUGAUCCAUUUUAUGGUAGUGGAAGUUUUAAUGAAAAUUGUUACAAGGGUUUUACGGUGAGAGAAGUUGUUAGGAAAAGGAGGAGCGCGGUUGAUAUGGAUGGAAUCACUACAAUGGACAGAGAGACAUUUUAUCAAAUUUUAUUACACUGUCUACCUUCAGGUUCUGGGAGUGGAGAGAAACAGAAGAGGCAAUUAGCAUUGCCAUUUAGGGUUCUUUCGUGGGAUGCUGAGGUGCAUGCUGCUUUGUUUGUACAUAGAGUGACAGGAUUGCCAAAGGGGUUGUAUUUUGUGGUAAGGAAUGAAGAUCACACUGGGGGGUUAAAGAAAGUCAUGAGGCCUGACUUCGAGUGGCAGAAACCAGAGGGGUGCCCUGAUGAUUUACCUUUAUAUGAACUUGCCAGGGGUGAUUGCCGACAGCUCGCCAAAAGACUUUCAUGCCACCAGGACAUUGCCAGUGAUGGCUGCUUUAGCCUUGGUAUGUUGGCUCAUUUUGAGCCUACUCUGCACGACAAUAAUGUUUGGAUGUAUCCUCGAUUGUUUUGGGAGACUGGAGUUCUUGGACAGGUGUUGUACCUUGAAGCACAUGCAGUUGGCAUUUCAGCGACUGGAAUUGGUUGCUUCUUUGAUGACCCUGUGCAUCAGCUUCUGGGGUUGAGAGAAUCAAAUUUUCAAAGUCUAUAUCAUUUUACCGUGGGAGGUCCAGUCUUGGACAAGCGAAUUAUGAGCUUACCAGCAUACCCAGGCCCUGAAGUGGAUGCGUGAUUGCACCUCUUUGUUUAUGCUUGGACUACAUAGAUAGUCGUAAUAAUGUUUAUAAUCAUACAUAUCACAAAGAAUAGUAGCCAUAUGGUACGAUAUACUUUGAUAUGUGUUAACAGUUGGGACUUUAAGGCUUCUAGGAGGGCCUACCUGUAAUAAUCAAUUCAUUGAUACGAUGAUAUAUGUUGUACAA